UGCUGUACCGGGAGAGGCUCCCGAGCGUGUCCCGGGCUCUCUCCGCUCCCCCGAUCGCGGUGCCUUCACCCCGCGGCCCCUCCCGAGCAUCGCCCGUCGCGGAGGCGCGGGGCCGCUACUCACUGUCCGCAUCAGCGCACCGAGCGCGGCUCUCAGCGCCCCGCGCGUCCCGCAGCUCGGGAAAAGUAAUCCCRGCUGAGCUAAACUCCAGCAGAGCCGCUCCCGGAGCCCCGCUCUGCCUCUCGCCCCGGCUUUCCGAGACGUUAUUCCCCACGAAAGCAGGAAAAGCUGCCCAGAAGAAGCGGCGCCCGAGCGAAGAUGUUAGAGGAGGCGAAGGGGGGUGGCUUUUUGCCCGCUGCGUGCCUCCAUGCCUGUCAUUCCCUUGUCUUAAUCCUUUAGGAAGGAGUCGGCAGGCAGACAGAGCGUUCCUGGAGGGGCGAUGCUGCCGAGCCCUGCCCCGGGCAGGAGGAAGCCGGGAGAUGCGCGGCCCGGGGCGGGCUGCGGGAGAGUGUGAGGAGCUGCCUCCGCCUGCGCCUUUCCGAGAGGGAAAAAGCAUGGUAAGAGCUGGACCCGAUCCCUGGAGCGCAGCCCCACUGAGCGGGAGGUGGGAUUAUUCCGGAGUAGUUAUGGAGAGCUAUAACCUGGCAGCGGGGUGUUAAAGCGACUCGUCCCUGCUGGAGGAGGAACCCAUUGCGGGCAUCGCCGGCGCCGCCGCCGAGGGAAGGUCACUCGGGUCCUUCUCUUCCUCUCUCCUGUUUCUUCAUCCGGCAAACGACAGAAGAAAAAACUGGUAAUCGGCUCUUGCCAGUGUUGGGAAUACCGUGCCUUUUGCCUGGGAUGAUUUGCCCCGAUGUGCCGCUUCAACGGGAUAUACAAAGUGCGACUGGGACUGAUCCGGCCAACAAAGUUUGCGGAGUGAUCAGCAGGGGCCGUGGGAUGGAGGGAGCCGGGCACACACCAGCAGGGUCCGUCACGCACGGUCCGACAGCACAGACCUGCUGCUCCCUUGAAAUCUAACUCCUGAUGGUCCAACUCUUACUUCUCCCCUGCCAAUUUACACUUUCAGGGAAAAAAACCUACAUACACGAUGCAAUGCAGUGUUCCUSUGUUGGUUUUGUAUAUAAGAUUUGCUAUGCAAUUCCAAACCUAAAACAGGAGGAGAGCCGGCCCUGCGUCCCAGAGCAAGCAGAGAAUCAGAGGUGAAAGGAGAAACUAUGACUUGGAACGACACCACUAUGGACGGGGAAGGGUUGCUGGUGGAAAGGGACUCCUCUUCCUUUCGGAUCCUCACAGGCUGCUUCCUCUCGCUCCUGAUCCUCUCCACGCUGCUGGGAAACACGCUGGUCUGCGCAGCUGUCAUUAGGUUUCGCCACCUCAGGUCCAAGGUGACCAACUUCUUUGUCAUCUCCUUGGCCGUGUCAGAUCUCUUAGUGGCGGUUUUGGUCAUGCCUUGGAAGGCUGUGGCCGAGAUCGCCGGUUUCUGGCCUUUUGGUUCUUUUUGCAACAUCUGGGUGGCCUUUGAUAUUAUGUGCUCAACAGCCUCCAUCUUAAACCUCUGUGUCAUUAGCGUGGACAGAUACUGGGCCAUCUCCAGCCCGUUUAGGUAYGAGAGGAAAAUGACCCCCAAGGCAGCCUUCGUCAUGAUCAGCGUGGCGUGGACUUUGUCCGUGUUGAUCUCCUUCAUCCCAGUGCAGCUGAACUGGCACAAGGCUACAACCACGAGCUUUUUGGACUUAAAUGCCACCUUACAGGGUGAAAGCACGGACAACUGUGAUUCUAGCCUAAACAGGAUGUAUGCCAUCUCCUCUUCUCUAAUUAGCUUCUACAUCCCCGUGGCCAUCAUGAUAGUAACCUACACCAGGAUAUACCGGAUUGCUCAGAAGCAAAUCCGGCGCAUCUCGGCUCUGGAGAGAGCAGCGGUGCAYGCCAAGAACUGCCACAACCCGGGCGGCAACAGGAGCAGUAUGGACUGCCAGCAGCCCGAGAGCAACUUCAAAAUGUCCUUCAAGAGGGAAACAAAGGUGUUGAAGACUCUCUCGGUGAUCAUGGGGGUGUUUGUGUGCUGCUGGUUGCCAUUUUUUGUGUUGAACUGCAUGAUUCCCUUCUGCGAGCCCACCCAGCCGUCCAAGGGAGCAGAGGCUUUCUGCAUUAAUUCCACCACCUUUGACGUUUUUAUAUGGUUUGGAUGGGCAAAUUCUUCCCUCAACCCCAUCAUUUAUGCCUUCAACGCUGAUUUCCGCAAGGCAUUCUCCACCCUGCUGGGCUGCUACAGGCUCUGCCCCCUGUCUGGCAAUGCCAUCGAGACUGUCAGCAUUAACAACAACGGGGCAGUGGUUUUUUCCAGCCAACACGAGCCCAAAGGGUCCAGCCCCAAAGAGUCUAAUCUAGUUUAUCUGAUUCCACACUCAAUUAUCUGCCCGGAAGAAGAACCUCUUAAAAAGGAAGAAGAGGGUGAACUGUCAAAGACUUUGGAGAAAAUGUCUCCAGCACUGUCGGGUAUCUUGGAUUAUGAAGCUGAUGUUUCUUUGGAAAAGAUCAACCCCAUUACACAGAAUGGGCAGCAUAAAACCUGAACAGUAAGGUUUACUCAGCAAGACCUAAUGGUGUAUAUUGUAUUACUCU